GGCGAUUUUGCGCGUUCCCGUGACUCUCGCCAUAGAAAACAAAGCUGAACGUCUUCCAUAACAGCUAGGGGUGCAGACUGGAGGAAUAUCCGAAUUUAUUCUGGAUACAUCAUGCUGAAUAUGGAUUUACAGUGGGUGUAGCAUCGUUGGAGACCGAGCCUUCUCGGCUGGGGUGACGGCAGGACAUUAGCAAAACCGACGAAAAUAACAUCAGUGUUUUUUUUCUCGGGGUGCUUUGUCUUGUCCACCUAACGAUAGCAAACCAUCAUUCCCAUUUCAAUUGCAAGAUAUUCAGCUAGUGACUACUAGCUGCCGCCGGGAUGUAUCAUCAUGUUGUCACCUAAAAGUAACUGCUAGGACGUUGGAUUGUGAAGGAUAAGCAGAAAACCUCUCCGAGGUCCCAUCGGGUUGUCACCGGGACCUGAAUCUGUGUUAGCCACAGUCGCGGAACCCACUGUUUUCGGCGAUAUGGCGGAGCAGGGCUACUCAUCUUGGGCUUACUCCCUAGUUGACUCCAGCCAGGUCUCCACCUUCCUCAUCUCCAUCCUUCUCAUCGUCUACGGCAGCUUCAGGUCAUUAAACAUGGAUUGUGAGAACCAGGAGAAGGAUAAAGACGGCAACCCCACGACAACGGGGGCUUUCAAUAACAGCAACACAAACAACAGUAUUCAAACUAUAGACUCCACACAGGCCCUGUUCCUGCCCAUAGGAGCCUCAGUGUCUCUGCUAGUCAUGUUCUUCUUCUUUGACUCGGUACAGGUGGUCUUCACCAUCUGCACUGCAGUUCUUGCAACAAUUGCAUUUGCAUUCCUCUUGUUGCCAAUGUGCCAGUAUCUGACCAGACCCUGCUCCCCACAGAACAAGAUUUCCUUUGGCUGCUGUGGGCGUUUCACUCUGGCUGAGCUCCUGUCCUUCUCCCUCUCUGUUAUGUUGGUGCUCAUCUGGGUGCUGACCGGACACUGGCUCCUCAUGGACGCUUUAGCCAUGGGCUUGUGCGUCGCCAUGAUAGCCUUUGUGCGGCUUCCCAGUCUGAAGGUAUCGUGCCUGCUGCUGUCAGGACUGCUCAUUUAUGACGUGUUCUGGGUGUUCUUCUCAGCCUAUAUCUUCAAUAGUAAUGUGAUGGUCAAAGUUGCCACCCAACCUGCUGAAAAUCCCAUAGACGUUCUGUCCAGGAAGCUUCACUUGGGGCCGGGGAUGGGACGUGACGUCCCCCGUCUCUCCUUACCUGGCAAACUGGUCUUUCCCAGCUCCACAGGAAGUCACUUCUCGAUGCUGGGAAUAGGAGACAUCGUGAUGCCGGGGCUGCUGUUAUGCUUCGUCCUGCGCUACGACAACUAUAAGAAGCAAGCAAAUGGGGAAGUCCCAGGGCCUGGUAACAUGUCCGGACGCAUGCAGCGCGUCUCCUAUUUCCACUGCACUCUCAUCGGAUACUUUGUGGGUCUGCUGACUGCCACUGUGGCCUCCAGGAUCCAUCGUGCUGCUCAGCCCGCUCUGCUCUACCUGGUGCCCUUCACCCUGCUGCCUCUGCUCACUAUGGCCUACCUGAAGGGGGAUUUGCGGCGCAUGUGGUCCGAGCCCUUCCACACCAAGACCAGCAGCUCCCGCUUCCUGGAGGUAUGAUGCACCCUGGGAUAAACGACCAGUGCGGGGAGGACUGCGGAUCCUUUACCUUAAUUAGAGGGAAGGAGAGAGGGCGCACUCACAGUGAGGCCAUGUUGUCAUCACUUGUUCAUGCUUUCCGCCAAUCUUCUGUGAAAACCCUCAGAAGGACACCAGUGUGUGGAUCACAAUGCCCCAACACGACUCAUCUUUGGUCCCUACAUCCUCCCGCUUCAUCUCCGCUUCCUCUUUUCUGUUUAUUUCCUCUUCAUUACAGCACAUCCUGCCUAUGCUGUUUUUGUUCAGCCCCCCCGCCCCUCCCUCUCUUUUUUCCUUAUUCUCUCUUCUAUAGUUAGUCUCAUUUGCCACUUCCCCCCCAUGGCUCGUUCCAUUCGUCAGGCCUCUUCUCGCUGCGUUUUCCUUCUUUCUCUGCGUCUUUGAUUUUCUCUGCAUCUCUGUUUGUCACCGACUCAGAUGAACUCGAGGGCCAGGCCUCCCCCCUUUUUGUGGACUUAGGGUUGUGAGACAUGGCUGGGGUUUAUAUAUAUUUUUUUAGCAUUGUCGUGGUCAUUAUUAUUAAUAUUAUUAUUAUGGAACGAUUUAAAACAAACGGAGAAGAGGUGGAGUGUUGCAGUGGCACAGGACAGUUCCCGGGAGCAGCGACACAAUAAAGGAGAAGAGUCUUCCCCCUCCAUGCGUCUCCUCCGCCCCCACUUUCUCCAUCUGUCCCAUCAUCCCACCACAAUGGCUUCUUCCCAGCGCUCCCGCCCUCCUCUGACACUCCUCUCUGUUCAUCUGCUGUCCCCAUUCCCCACCCUCACAGAUAACUAUGUAUUUUAUUUAGAAAAGUUUUAUUCUUGGCAUAUACAGAAAUGAUGCAUUAUAAAUUGUUAAGCUGCCCCCGGCGUUUGAGGGGCCGCUUCUAUUUGUAUAUAUGUGUAUUUGCGGUAUCUUGAGUUUGUAUUUGUGUUGGGGAGCAUGUUGAAUAGGGUGGGAAACUGACUCCAGCCGACAGCCGAAUUUUGGCGAACUUUGGCUGCUAGUCGUGUCAAGUCGACUGGCGAGCAUCCAUCAUUUAGAGGUUGUUUUCUACAGUUUGUUGGCGUGUGUGAUAGAAACGUAGCUGAUGGAUCGUUGGGAAGAAAAGAAAAACAAAACAUCUGCAUCGGUGGCUGAUUGACGAAAAAGUUAGUUUCCUGCUCUAGUGUUGGUGUGCGUGCGUGCGUGUUUGUGUGAGCGAAUCAGACGAGUGAACGGUUGUUUUACUUGGUUUUAAUUUGAAAUCAUGAACAUGUUAAAAACCAGUGACAAUAGUCAGGUUUCCAUUGAGCUGGGCAUGUUGGAUCAAACGGUGUCAAACACAUGGCGUCUGAUGGAAACAGUUUGUGUCUAACUUGUAAAGAAAAAAAAAUAACAAAAAACUCAACAGGGGUCAAUUUUUCUUUUUAUCAGUCUCUCUGCGUGCAGACAGGUGAAAUGUAAACAGUGUUUUGUUUUGUUUUUUCAAAUAAAUGAAUGUUGAAUUAAUUUUAAGGUAUGUUACUUUUCAUCAUGAGACCACAUCAUACAUCAUGCUGGGUUUUGUACUGAAUUUCUUCUUGUGCACAUCCAAAAUUUACACCUAUUUAUGGCCAUGGGAACACUAAAAGCAUCUUAUUGCAGCUUUCACGAGUCUAUAGACGUCUGAGCGUGAUGAUAUCGGAUCAGUUUUUAUACGUUUUAAUAAAAGUGGAACAGCACAUGUCAUCUGAAUUUCACCUCAGUCGAUGAAGACCUGACUAUUGUGAAAGUUUGGACUCAAAGCUUGGAGACGAGGGAAGACGUACUGUGGUUAGAUUCAUGUGUAGUUACAGAUGAAGGCUUCUCUGGAUGGAUGGUUUGUGUGUGUGCGUGUGUGUGUGUGUGUGUGUGUGUGUGUGUGUGCGUGCGCCUGGUCACAUAACAUCAUGAAGUCAGUUUGAACUUAGGGAGGGGAGAAAAUCAGUCGUGCCCUUCACAAAUCAAAAAUAGAAAUUAGAAUUUAAAGCUAACCCAUAGGAUGUUUUUACUGUCACCAUCUGGUCCCUGACAGUCUUACAGUCUUUUUUUUAUUGUCCUUCCACUUUUUUCGUGGUGCUUGUCAGUUAAUAUCUAAUGUAUACUGGAAAAAAAAGUGUGAGUGAUCACACGGCAGGAUGUCAGAGAGACGUACGGACGAUGCAGUUUUGCUGGCUUUUUGUUUUUUUACUUUUUUAUGCUAUCUGGCCGUGCAUGUUAAGUGUACAGUGUAUCAUUUCUCAGACUGCAAUCGACAGGGCUACUGCAGUUUUGAGUCUCUGCUGGCCGUCACCGAGGCACUGGACCUAUGAGCUCGGCUACAGAGAGCAGCGUCAGUGGGUGGGACAAAGACUGUGAUUGGUCAGAAAGACUGCCAUUGGUCAGCUCUGACCUCACAAAGGCUGAAUAUUAUGUCAGGUCGGGACGUCCGGCCUGCCGCUCAGUGCAGUCGUCUGAACUCGGACAUCAUGAAACCACAAGCCCCCCUUUCACCUCCUCAUGGACAUGGCAAGAAAAUAUAUAGAUUUAUAUACAUAUAUAUACAUAUAUAUGUGUGUAUAUGUACAUACAUAAAUAACUGAUGACGAUCAUGGUGAUAAUUUUUUUUUAUAGAAAAUGGAUUUCUUUUUACCCCCUCGUUUGUAUUUUUUUUUUCUUUAGUGUUUUAGUUUUUUUUAAUUUUUCUUUCCACCUCUUCUCCCCUCCAGCAGAGGACUCCAGCUCUGUUGGUGCAUUGAUAUUACGACUGAAUGGAUUCUGUAUAGAAAAAUGGUGAAUAAAAUAAAUUAAGAACUGUGUAGUGAAACAUGAAUCCUGAAGCGCUUGAUCUAAAAACACUUUGUCUCCUUUUAACCCCUCCCUCGACCCUCUGCCCUUCUUUCCCUCCUCGUUCAGGAUUCUGCUGUAAAUAAACAUGACUCUAACUGUAA